GGCUUGCGCGCGCAGCGAGCUAAUGAAUGUAGGAGAAAAAAAAAAGAGAGAAGGAAAACUUCGAUAAAAAUGGCGGAAGGUGCAACGUCUCUGAAAGGAUUGCGAGCUCAAAUGGCUGCAGCUGCGCAGGCCCAGGCUGAAGAGCGGCGGAGCCUGGCAGGAACCAGCCCAGCACCAGUUACAGCCAGUGCUACCAAGAGCCAUACUAAACCAGUGAUUGACGGAGCAGCACUUAGAAUUGAUGACAAACUCAGAGUAGCCAAAGAAAGAAGAGAAGAACAAGAAAAGCAGCAAGCAGUGCGUGGGUCUCAGAUUCUAGAGCGGGAACGUAAGGCCAAGCUUCAGGUUGAGAGACAGAUGGAGGAGAAACAUAGAAAGCUAGAGGAGCAACGCAGGAAAGAGGAGCAGAGAAGAUCUGCUGUGGAGGAGAAAAGAAAACAGAAACAGGAGGAGGAAAAGGAGCACUAUGCAGCAGUGAUGCGGCGCACUCUGGAGCGCAGUCAGAGAGUGGAGCAGAGGCAGAAGAGAUGGUCCUGGAGUGGCCUGUCUGACUCUGACAACAGAAAUGGUGAGAGCGACAGUGGCCCCACCUCCUCCCCAGUCACUAUAGUAAUCUCCCCAGCCUCUCCGGUCUCCAAGCCUCCCAGAAGCCACACACCACAAGACAAGCGUUCUUCCUCUACUACAAACCUCAAACAGUCUGCCGACUCCCCUAUCAGCAAGCGCCUCUCCUCUUCCUCCGCCACCCUCCCCAACUCUCCUGACAAAAGUGCAAAGCGGAGGAGUUCAUCUUUGAACCGGUUGCCUAGCAAUGUCCCUCGGGUUUCUAAGGAAGCGCAUAAACAGCCUCAGGUGGAAAAGACAGAUCCUGUCCUGAAGAAACGGAGCUCCUCCCUUUCCCGUGUGGGGAAUAGAGCUCCACCCACUGGCAAACCAGAGAAACUCGCACCAAUUGAAUCAGCCCAUCGCCCGUUGGCCUUGGACAGCAGUGUCCUCAGUCGUCUCCUCACCCCUACCCAGGCCUCUCUAGCUAGGAGCAAGAGUGCAGCAGCCCUUUCAGCCCAUGGAACGGAUGAGACAGAGUCUCAUCUGUGUCCUCGAUCAGUGUCGUCCACGCCACUGCCUUCCACCCGUGGCCCCCUGCGAAGUCGCAGCAUUGAUCGCCAAAAAAAUGCCCCCAGCUCUACCUCUGCCUCUUCUGAAUCCAUCUCUAAUGUGGCUCAGAAAACUGAAAAGGACAAGUCCGUCACUUCACCAGCAGCAAAACGUCCUCCUUCCCCUUCCACCGUUCCCAGUCGCCAUCGAUCUCCCUCCCCAGGCCCCGUCAGUGGUCCCAGGAGAGCACCAUCACCUGGAGCAACCAAGCAAAGCCCUCGUUAUCGGCCACCCUCCCCCAGUGGGGGGAAGCCGAGGCCUCCAUCCCCUCAGCCCGCUUCUAAACCUCCACCUAUCCAGAAACCUGCCCUUACUCCAACUGGCCCUCCUAUCCUGAGGAAGAGAGAGUCCAAACCUAAAGAUGGAUCUCCAGUGACUACUCCAACAUCACAACAUCAAGAUACAAGCACAGCCAGCCCAGUCCCCAGCACCAAGCCCAAAGAUGAUCCUAGUUUGAAAACCACAGCAAGCACUAACUCCGCUGCUGAAGCUGCUAAGAUCCUGGCAGAGAACAGACGCCUGGCUCGUGAGCAGAAAGAACGAGAGGAGCAACUCAGACUACAGAGAGAGGAAGAGGAGAGGCUAAGAAAAGAGGAGGAGAAGCGGCUGGCUGAGGAGGAGAGAGCAAGGCGUUUGGAGGAGGAGAAGAUUCUAGCAGAGGAGAGAAAGAAGGAAGAGGAGGAGAAUGCUCGUAAGGCAGAAGAGGAGAGAAAGAGACUGGAGCUGGAGGAACAACAGAAAAAAGCCGAGUUACAGAAAGAGCGAGAGGAGGCAGAAGCAAAGGCUCUGGAGGAGGCGGAGAAGCAGCGACAGGAGAGGGAGCGCAUCAUGCAGCAGAACCAGCAGGAGCGCAUGGAGAGGAAGAAGAGAAUUGAGGAAAUUAUGAAGAGAACCAGAAAAAUGGACCAAAAUGAUUUCAAGGGUAACGAUGAGAGAGGCAUUCCAGACGAGAACGGUGACGAUCUUACUGACCAGCUAAACUGUGAAACCAAGGAGGAUCAAUCUGUGCCUUCUGAGGAUAACAUCGACCAGCCAGACAUUCAGUCAGACAUCCAGGAGCAAGGCAUGACUUCAGAGGAAGGCCAGUUGGAAUCAGAGCCACUCAACAGUGUGAAUGGACAGAGCAAAGUGGAUGACAAAGAAAACAACAAUGAUGUCAGUGCAGCACAGCCCACAGCCAACGGUAGUUCUCAUCCAAAGACACAUCUAGUGGAGGGCUCGGAGUUUGUGAAUGAGGACAGUAAGAUGGGGGUGAAUGGGAAAGCAGGGUCCUGGAGCUUUGAAGAGUUCAUUGAUCUGGGAGUUCACACUAAAGGCCGGUCUCUCAUGGAGCCCGAUUCCUGUAAUCAGGGUCUAAUAGAUUGUGGUGUGGGACCUGAAGGACCCAGAGUGGCCUUUGAUGACAAGUCGGCCCCUGUGAACUCCCUCCAUCCUGUUCAACCCAUUGAAGCCCUUUCUGAGAUUUGAUUGGAUUUUGAUCUUCCCCCAAGGACGGUUGCUAAUUGCACUCCAUGAUGUUUGUCUGGUUGAGUUCCAAAGUUUCCUGUGCUCAGCUGGACAUCCAGAGAAACUCUGAAUCACAGAGGAAGGCCUCAACGUCUGCACCUCCGAAAAGUCGAAAAUACAUUUUCUUUUUCAAGUCAUAGCUGAAAAUAAGAGAAAUGCUUCAGGGAAACAUAAUCUUCCAUUAUGCUUAAUUCUGUUUUCCUGCCUCAUUCUUUCCAUUGUUGGCAUCUUGUCAGUUUUCUUUUUUUUUUUCUUGCGUCAUUAUUAUUGUUAUUUUGAUCUUUUUUUUAUGUUGAGUCUUUUGUAAUUUAUUCUUCUAUGACUUGUCCCUUUCUUUAUUCAUUUUGUUGAAUUUUUCAUAUUUGUAUUUCGGUGUAGAGUUAGGUAUUUCAAUGAUCCCAGGCUGUCAGUGGACCUAAGCAGAAGUGAGCAAUUAAUGUGAAGUAAAGCUGUUGAGUUCAGAGGAGGCAGACUUCCAGCUGUCUCACACACUGGUUUAAAAAUGUUUGUGAACUGAGUUCUGCUCAACUAUAUGACAGUUAUCCAGGCCUUUUCUGCUUAUGAGUCUGUAGAGAGCCUUGGCAGCGCUUCCUUAAAGUUACACUGAUGCAUGUAGCGCUUUACCUGCAUUUUCCAGCUUCCUGCCCAAUCUAAUGUGAUGACGCAGGCCAACAGGCUGCUAAUUGUCCUCCCUCCUGCUGUGAAGCAUUGUAUAAACUUUUUAACCCUAGCAAGCUUGGUCAAGGUAUUUCAUAAAAAGAUGACAAUAGGAUCUGGUUAAAGUGCUGAAUUUCAAGCUCAGACAAAAUCUUUUCAAAUUGCUUUAGUCUUUAAAGGAUGAAGGUGAAAUCUUGGAAACAUUUGUAACUUGUUGAAUGAAGGUUGUUUAAAGUUGUACGUCUUAGGCUUGUGGCUGUUGCAGAAUGUGGACGUUUUCUUCUACAUAUAUUUCUACAUUUCUAAGUGUAAACAUGGUUAGAUAUUCACACGAGUCUAAUGUAAGAGCAUCCCAAAACUAAUGUACAUCUUUGAAUGUCAGAGUGAAUCUGUUUCUUACUCCAGUAUGUAAUUCUAGCACACAGAAAUUACUGUAAGUUUUAAAUAUCUGCACAUUGAAACGAGCUGUGUAGGUGCAUGUUGUUCCUUAUAGGGUGCUAGGCAGGAGGGAUUCUCUGGUCUGGUUUCAAAGCUUGAAUAAUUGUUAGUGUUCCCACAUUCCCUCAGGCUCAUAGUUCUGUCAGGUCCUUAAGGGUUUUAAAGUCUACCUUUCUGUUCCUCUGACGUUUUAAAAUCCUUAAUCCCUGGCUCAGCCAGUUUUAUGUCUUGUAAAAUCGAUCUCAUAUAGGUAAUAUUUAAAAUUAUAUUCCUACUUCUGUAAGUAUUAUGAACAUGAUCAGUAUUCAGCUGUUAUUCUAAGGCUUGGGGAAGGGAAGUGUAUUUUGGUUGGUUCCUCUCUGGUGCAUUUUUUUUUUCUGCUGCUACUCAACAGUAUCUGAUGUAGAACAUGAUAGAGCCUGGCCCUGUCCCUCCGGGGAAUGAAAGGAUGAGGAAUAUGAACGUUGCAGGGGGUUGUUAUUGCAAGUUAUUUUGGGUAAAAUAUGAUUUGGCAUUGUUGUCAGGUUGAUUCAAACAUGAUUGUCUUGGUGUGACUGCACAAAAACGAAGGAUAUGGACCUUGUUUACAGGUUAAAAGAUUGGAAAUCCUGGUAGUGGAUCCAGAUGAAUUGUGCUCAGGGCUCAUAGCUAGUAGAAAUGCUGUUUGAGUUCCUGUCCAUUUCAUAGCACUGUUGUGAGUAGGUGUAAGGAAAAGCUUGAACCUCAAAUGCUUGAAGUGUUGAGUAGAGACUGUUAUGGGUCCAUAGUCUAUUUUGGGCAAGUGUGGGCUUUUUGUAUACACUAUUUUACUCAGAAAUGAUUUGGGCCACUGAGCACAGGGCAUUUCAUUAUUUAAAAUAGUGGUCAUUUACUAAUGAACUAAUUAGUAUCAUUCCUCUCCUAACACCACUCUUUCUCUUAUAGGCAUGGAUCAUUUACUUGAAAACCAUGUUUUGUUGCUCAGUUUAAUUAAUUGCCAUUUUUUUUCCUCCAGGAUAAGGGACACCCUAGAAUUAAAAUUGUCAGGUUGAGACCCAAACACUGUCUAGAAUUCCUGUGGCAUUACACUGGAAUUCCACUCAGGCAAAAAAAAAAAAAAAAAAAACUAAUAAGCAUGUGCUUGGCGUGUAAGGGAGCGCUGGGCUGCAGAACCCUUUUUGUUUAUUUUAGCCUUUCCGCAGUCCCUCCCUACCACGUGGUUUACAAAAAUGUUAGACACCCCAAAGUGCUUAGAGUCUUGCAGUGGCUGCUGCACAAGCAUCUCCGUGUGUGUUUUUUGGUGUGUGCUGCUUUUGCAGGAAGUCGGCAUGGUCACUCAGACAGGGUCACAUCAUUGCAGUUGCUGCUUCUUUCAUCCAGGACCCUGUAAACCCUUGAGUGCUUUGGGUUUCAGAGCUUGUUCUCUAGCUUACAGUGCUCAUCAUGGUGAUAGGAUAGAAUGGUGCCUUAGAAAUAGGGUGAGAGACAUAUUUAUUUUCAUAUGUUACAACCUAAAUGUUACAUGAUGUGCUUUCACUGGCCAUGACAAUCAUUUUACUUGACCAGGGCCCUACAUAGGAUGCAAUAUUGUGUAUCUUGAAAAUUAUAGUUGUAAAUUUACCCAAAAUAUACUGGAAAAAGCUAUAAACUGUUCAAAUAAAGUUUUGCUAGAUAAAAUAAGGAAAUGUUUUUAAUGUUGUUCAUACCAACUGUAAGAUAUUUGUGCUUUCAUCCUUCAUAAAUGAAGGCUUUAGUUGAAGCUUGAAAUUUAUUGUUCAGAUUCAUUGUUCCUUCACCCAAAAUGCCAUGAAUAAAGUAUAUACUAAUAUUGUUGCAUGCCAAAGGAUUCAUGUUAAAUGUGUCACAGCAGAAUUCCAAAAGCAUAGUACUCAGGUGUGUUAAUAACGUUAAACAGACAAAAAAUACAUUUCCACAAAGCGACAUGAAACAGUUUGCCUUAAAGCUUCAUGAGAAGAAAUCUUCCAGUAAAGCCUUGCAUGGUUUCCUAUUUUUUAAAUCGAGUCUAAAAUAUUAUUUCAGUAUUGCAACUCGCCAGAGCCGCUCAUGUACUGCUCUGAAGAAAUGGAUAACUGACUGGAGAUUUUAUUACACUGAUUGCACACCACUCACUAUAUUCUACCAAGAAAAAUCCUGCCUGCUUCAAUCUGUGCUGCACCUCAUCACUAAAACCAUCGUAUUUGUGAGGUCACUUUUUUUUGUUUUGUUUUUUUUGUUUUUUUGCUUUAGAUAGAUGUGUUUGAUUAUUGAAUCACCAUGUAGAGGAGCAGAACACAAGCACUAAUAAUGAAUUACAGUUGCCACCAGUAUAAGGUGGAAACCGUUCCUUAAAACGAAAUCUGGAAAGAGCAUCUGCAGCCUCACAGCUUUUUGGCACAGUCAGGGCAGUAGAUGUUCUCCUCAUGCAUGACGAAGCGCUUGUGAGCCAGGGACAGGGAGCACUUCUUACAGUUAAAGCAGUACUCGUGCCAAGUGUGGUGCUCAUAGUUCACCACGUUAGUCCCUCUGCCAAAACCUGUAAGAAGCAUAUUUAUGUGGGUGUCAAACAUUCUUUUCAGCAUAUUAGUGUUUUCUAACUAUUAAAAAGCACAUUCUACAUAUUAAAUCACUACACCUCAGCAUCAUCCAUCCAUAUUUACCAGUAAUAGGAUUUUGACAUCCAGAGCACUUCUUGGCCACGGAGGUCUUGUAGCAGUCCACGCAGUAGAAAUCAUCCUCAUGAGCAGUGAAGCGAGCACCAGCCAGUGGCUUCUUGCAGGUCUUACACACAAAGCAUUCAGAGUGCCAGGGUUUAUCCUGAUAGCUGAUCCCACCAGAGGAGAUGGGCUGCAAGAUGGUUGACAGAAAUGAUUGGAAUAAAACAAAUGUUCAAGCACUGAAAUCAAACAGUAUAUUCGCAUAAAUCGGGUGAUCAGUAAUAAUGAAAUGUAUACACAGCUAUUAAUUCGAUUAGGUUUUUCUGUAUAUUUUCUACUCUAGUGCAACUUGCAUUGUACUGGAACAGACAAAUCUUUUUACAGACUGAUGUGUGGAUAGCAGGGGAGCAGUUUCUGUGAUAUAUGGAGGGCUUUUCCAGAUAUUGCACUUUAAUUGCAUGCUAGCUAAUUUUGGAUUGUGAAAUCGAACUUGGUUGUCACUCUGUCAUUAAUAUCUGAAAUGAACUUAACUAAUAUAAAAUAAGCAGCCUGUUAAUUGCUAGAACAAACGAAUAGAAAGAAGUGGUUCAGUGAUGUGUUUACAAGGUCUAUGCCAUCUACAGAUAUAAUCAACAUCUAGGGAUUUGAUUAUGAUUUGAUUAUAUACGUUAAAUACAUACUAGGCAGCCAGUAUACACUGAAAGCGUAUAUUCAAACACAUCAACAGGCUUUGGUGUGUGAGGGUCAGAUAUCCAGAAGGCUAAUUCCUCAGGAGUAUUUUACUUCACUGUUUUAUUUGUUAAAUGUCAUUCUGUCACUGCGUGUGAAAUAUAAUGCCCUCAGUGACCAACUGUUUGGGAAUCUCUGCUCUACUCUGUGCUUGCAGCAGUCACCUCCUUGCAGCGGGCACAAUUCUUGGCAAACUUCUUCUCAUGGCAAGCACCGCAGUAGAAUUCGUCCCCCUUGGUCAGGAAACUCUGAGAACGGAUUGGCUGCUUGCACUCAAAGCAGAUGAAGCAUUCCUCAUGCCACACUUUAUGCUUGUACUCCACAUUUUGAGAGCCUGAAGGGAAAACACAGUAGCCAAGGGCUGGCUUUAAAGAAUACUCAACAGUAGGAUCAAUUUACUAAUGAUGAGACUGUGAUGACAGACACCAGCUGGAAUGAGUGGAAUUACACACCAGGCAUGAUGACUUUGUAGCAGCCCUGGCAGCGGGGUGAGUCCUCACGGGCACCACACUUCCCACACAUGAUCUUGCCAUCGUCUUUAGCUGCAAAAGGCUCGUUGGCCAGCGGCUUGUAGCACUUGGCACAGCGGAAGCAGUCCUCAUGCCAGUGGCGGUUCUUAUGGGUCAGCUCCUUAAAACGGAGAGGGGAAAAAAUUAUUUUUAUUUAGUCAGCUGUUUAUACGAAACACACUGUGACUUAUUCACCUGUUAAAAUAUACUAAACGAUACUUAAUUUCAUAAGGGAUGUUUGAUAGUAAAGUAUACAAUUUUCAGAGCUGGUGGUGAACAUGGAUUAUAGCAUUUCUUUUGUAAAUAAAGAGGAAGUCCACCUUAGCAUCAGCUCCUAUAGGUCGACGGCAUUCUGCACAGGUGUUGGCACACAGCUUGUCAAAGCAGCGCACACACACAUGCUUCUCAUCCUUCAUGAUGUACUUUUUGCCAUGCAGGUCAUCUCUGCAGUAGAAGCAGUUGAAGCGCUCAGUCAUGAUGGAGCUGAGAUAGCUACGUGGGCC